CCCGAAUCUAUAAUCCCGACACCAUUAUUAGCCCCUAACGGUCCAUGACACACACCAUGGCCACCAUCAUGACCAAAGCCGCUAGGUCUCAUGCAAAGAACACCUCAAAAGCAUGCGAAGAAUGUCGUCGGAGAAAGCAGCGCUGCAGUGGCGAGAGUCCAUGCAUCACUUGUCAAAGGCGCGGUGCAACAUGCUGGUACCGGGUGGUUACAAGAACAAGAAAUUCACGCCAGGUUACCUCCGAAGAUGCCGACUUGGAACACGGAACUCUGAAUUCAAGAUCCCAUGCGACCACCAGCGGUAUUUCAAUCGAACAGCAAGCAUCAGGAUUGAACGAGAUCGGCAUGGAACAGAUUCAAUCAACUCUCCCCCGUAGGCAUAUUUUCAACAGCAUCCGUGUUACAGACGUUUCUCGAGAUUCCUCCCUGUGCAUUUCGGAACUCUUGUACGGUCCAUUGUCUAGCUUUUCAUUACUCCGCCAUCUUCAUGCGCACCUUGAACUUCCAAGUAUUCGAGAUUCAAGCCCAUUGGUUUGCCCGGGGCAGUUCUAUGAUGACAAUGAGAGUCUGGAUGCUUUCAAUUAUCGCGAGAGAGCCUUCAGAUCUAUACCCAGUGCGCAAGAUGCGGAUGUUGCAUUCCUUCAGUACGACCUUGCCAAAGGCUUUCAAGACGUCUAUCUCAGGACAGUUCAUCACCUUUUUCCAUUGGUAUCUGCUGAGACUGUGCAGCCUCUCCUCCUACGUCUCUAUGACCCAAAUCCAUCGAAUGUUGUCGGGAGCUCCGAAAAAGCACUUGUCCUUGCCACUUUGGCGAUUGGAGCAGGCUACAAACAUGACGGAUGGAGGAAAAUUCUCUUCGAGAAAGCAUUAAAAGAAUCAGAAAAAUCACUUUAUGACAUCAACAUGGAGGUCGUCCAAACAGAAUUAUUGCUGGCUCAUUGUGAGUUCAUUUGGGGCAGUCCACAGGUUGCCUACCUCAUUCUAGGCCGCAGUCUACAAAAGUCACUGGCAGCCGGACUGCAUCGACUAGACCCGUCAUAUCGGCAACCACAUCAUAAGUCCGCAGAAGCGACCCGUACAUUCUGGUCCGUGUAUUGUUACGAGACCCUUGUUUCUCUCACAUUUGGAUGGCCCAUAUUGCUCCAGAUAAGCGAUAUGGAUUUUUCUAUCCCGGAACACGGCACAUUCACCUGGGCAUUAUUCAGAAUGUGUGAAGUGAUGCAAGAAAUACACAAACUCUAUCGGUGUUGCCAUACCACUAUCAACGCUGAUCUCAAGACGGCCUAUAAGAUUUUUCAUGAUUUGCAAUCACUCCGGCGAAUUUUGGAAUCAGAUCUAGAAAUAUUUAUCGGAAAGCCUCUAGAACACAACAGCAGCGAAAAUCUGGUACAGCACGUUGUUCUCUCAUACGAAUACUUCAAUAUCGUCUGUUUAACUUUCAGGCCUUUCCUGCUCCUGUCGCUUGAAUUUAGACGUCAAACGGACUCAGAGAGCCUGACACCAACCCAGUCCCUCAUGCUCACCAUCGACUCGACUUUGCAAGAUGCUUGCGAUCGUUGCAUUGACGCUGCUCGAUCCAUCAUUGUCCUUGCGGACACUGUUAUCUCAUUACAUCCAGUGGCUGAGAUACUCUGCAAUCACGAAUUAUUCCUUGAGACCGCUUGCUUUAUCCUAGCUUUAGCCACACUGCACGACUUGAGUUCUUACGAUACACAUGAUAGAUACUAUCGGAGGGCAAUGUCAUGCCUUGGCCAAAUGUCCCCUCGAGAACGGCUUACGGACUUGAUCGACGCACUUGAACAGCUUCAUUCUAAGGUGGGAUCAUUUAUCAACCGAGCCGCGAAUGAUAUUUCUGUAUUGCCCACUGAAGCUGUACCGAGUCAGGAGUUACCAACAGCAACCGACGGUGUAUAUCCCCAGAUUGACGAAGCAGCACUGAGCCUCGACGGGGUCGAACAAACUUUGCAGUCUUUGGAGCAACUUCCCGAUGCAGAAUGGCCGUUCAUGAAUUGGAAUCUAUCAGGGAUAGACUUGGGUUUCCUCGACUCCCUUGCUGGGGAUGGUGCGAAUGGAGGCGCUACUUAAGUGAAAGGCCCAGCCUAUCAAAGAUUUGUUUUUCAGAUUUUCCUUUUGAUUAUUUUUAUGAGAAUAUUUUGCAUCUUUUCAAACUCUUCUCGUUGUCAGCGGAUCAUUCCAAGUUCGUGAGUAACCUUGUCUUCGAGCGC